AUGGAGAAAUUCCUUAGACCAGACAAAUUGCAAAUUGACCCGGAAUCUCCAACUGCCUCAGAGGAAUGGACGCACUGGUUACAAACAUUCGAAGACUUUCUAACCAUGACAGAAUUCGUUGAAGACAAGGACAAACUGAAACUACUAACUAAUCGAUUAUCUUUUACUACUUAUAAAUUUAUCAAGGAAUCUGAAACUUACCAAGACGCUUUGAGAGUUCUUAACUCAAUUUACAUCAAACAAAAGAAUGAAAUAUUCUCAAGAUAUUUAGUAAUGACUAGAAAACAGCAACAAGGUGAGACUAUUGACAAAUAUGUGUCGGAACUGAAACUUUUGAGCCAAGAUUGCGUUUUUGAAGCUGUUAAUGCGAUUCAAUACAGGGAUCAUUACAUUCGUGAUGCUUUUAUCAAUGGCUUAGCCUCGUCAUACAUACGACAGAGACUAUUUGAAAAUAAAACUUUAGACCUAGCUGAAGCAGUGGAACAGUCUAGAGCUUUUGAAAUGGCUCAAGCUCAAGUCGAGAGCUAUCCAAAAUCUAUGUACGGAAUGCAAACUUGUGCAACGAAUGAAUUGGCAAAGCAAGCUUGUCAGUACGAAUUCCCACUACAACAAAAGGAAGAAGCUACUGUUUCCGCUAUUAAAAAUGUUGAUGGCAAGUGUUAUUUUUGUGGGCAUGAUAGACACUCUAGAGAUUGCUGUCCAGCUAGAGAAGCAACUUGUGGGAAAUGUAACAAGACAGGGCAUUAUGCGAGAGUCUGUAAAAGUAAUCCAACUCAACAUUUUAAAGUAAAACAGAAGACGUCUAGUACAUCAGCUGCACUAAUAGCAACUACACAUAAUACAUCUGUAUUGAAGGACUCUACAGUUGAAGCUAAAGUGAAUGGCCUGAAAGCAAAUUGCUUAAUAGACACCGGGAGUACAUCAAGCUUUGUAAACUUGAAGUUUGUUCAGUUAAACAAAAUUAAAAUGUAUAAUGAAAGUGGACAAGUAUCACUAGCUGCUUCUAAUAUGAAAUCAAACGUCCACGGGUUUGUUAAAAUCAACCUAAAUCUGUUGAAUCACAAUUACAACAAUUUUAAGUUGACUGUUCUUGAAGAUCUUUGUACUGACGUGCUUAUCGGACAUGAUAUCACGAAACUCCACUCAAAUAUACAGGGUUGGUUUGGAGGUAAGAAACCUCCUCUGUUGGUGUGCUCCUGUGCCAAAGUUGAACCACCCAAACUAUUCUGCAAUUUAACUCCAGAUUGUAAGCCAAUAGCCACAAAAUCGCGACGUUACUCAGAUGAAGAUGUGCAAUUUAUAAAACAAGAAAUGGAAAGACUACAGACUGAGGAGAUCAUUGAACCUAGUUCGUCACCUUGGCGUGCACAAGUGUUGGUUGUUACAAACGACAAAGGGAAGAAGCGACUGUGUGUGGACUAUUCGCAAACGAUAAACAAAUUUACUCUGUUAGACGCCUAUCCCUUACCAAACAUAGAUGAUCUAGUAUCCACUGUAGCGACGAACAAGGUUUUUAGUGCCAUUGAUCUAAAGCAAGCAUACUAUCAAAUACCAAUUUCUGACGAAGAGAAGAAGUACACUGCUUUUGAGGCUGCUGGUCGUCUUUUUCAAUUCAGAAGAAUCCCAUUUGGCGUAACCAACGGGGUGGCAUGUUUUCAAAAGACCAUGGACCAAAUCAUUAGAAAAGAAAAACUGAAUGGAGUGUAUGCCUAUCUGGAUGAUUUGACCGUAUGUGGAAAGGAUCAAAAGGAUCAUGAUGAGAAUCUAAGAACAUUUUUAGAUGCUACAUUAGCAUUCUACAAUGUCACACUUCCGAAAGAUUAUAGUAUUUCAAGAUGUAGAUCCAGUACAACUACAAUUUAG